CCUCAACCGCAACUUCCGCCUCACCUGCAUUUCCUCCUCCUCCUCACGGCGUAAGUUUGUACCGUUAACGUCUACUUAACCACAAUUCAACACCAAUUUACAUUUCUACCCUUAUUUGUAUGUUGAAUUCCAGCGCUGCCACUUAAUUGACGAAUCUCGUUAAUCUGCGAGAUUGUGGAAUUACCCCCAGCACAACAACAGAAUCGCCAAUCCACCGGCCUUCAUAAAACCUUCUAAUUUCCCCCCUUUUUUUUAAAGCGCCAAAACAUAAAAAAACCUCUACAUUUCAUAAUCAAGCUUUAAACAGCGGCCGCAAGCUCAAGUGAUAGCACAAAACCCAACCACCACUACCACCACUACCACCACCACGGCACCACCUCUAAGCAAACAAACAAUGGAAGGCGGGAUGAUAUCGGUGGACCAAUGGGCGAAAGGAAGCCAGGCCUACUUCCUCACGCACCUCCACUCCGAUCACACGCGCGGCCUCUCGUCAACGUGGUCGAAUGGACCGUUAUUCUGCUCUCGCACCACCGCCAAACUCUUUCCUCUCAAAUUUCCCGACUUCAACUUCGCCUUCCUCCGCAUCGUCGAAAUCGGCUCUUGGCAUCGUCUUUCUCUCUCCUCUCCUUCCACUGGCUCCCCUGCUUCUAUUCAGUUUAUGCCAAUCGACGCUUUUCACUGUCCUGGUGCUGUAAUGUUCUUGUUUCGUGGUGUCUUUGGACACGUGCUUUACACUGGUGAUUUCCGUUGGGAAGAAACUGGUGAGAGGUCCGUGAAAGCGAAGAACAUGCUCAUUGAUGCUCUCAACGGCGCUAACGUUGAUGUCCUUUACUUGGACAAUACCUACUGCAACCCUGUAUACUGUUUUCCUAUACGAGAAGUUGCUACUCAACAGGUUAUAGAGAUCAUUGCUUCACACCCAGAGCAUGACAUCGUCAUUGGGAUUGAUUCCCUGGGUAAAGAAGAUCUGUUGCUUGAAAUUUCACGUUGUCUAAAGAUGAAGAUCUGGGUUUGGCCUGAACGGUUGCAGACCAUGCAUCUGCUUGGCUACCCCGAUAUCUUCACAACCAGGACUUCCUUGACAAGAGUGCGAGCGGUUCCCCGUUACAGUUUUAGCAUUAAUACCUUAGAGGGCUUAAAUGCUACCAAGCCGACUAUAGGAAUCAUGCCAUCCGGUCUUCCAUGGGUAUCAAAACCCUUUGAGGGAAAAAAUAAGAAAGGAUUUUCUCUAUCAGUUGCUUCAAAAAACAGAAGGAUACUAACAAGCAAUGGGACUCGAGUUGACUUGAACAUGAGGUCUGUUGAGAAGGUUCAGAAUCACAUUUUCUCAGUUCCCUAUUCUGAUCACUCCUGCUACCGUGAAAUAAAAGAUUUUGUUUGGUUAGUCAAGCCAUAUAAUGUGAAAGGCAUUGUGUCCAUGUCAUCCUGCUAUGUUAAUCCUGUUUACUAUCUCAGCCACCUGUUUAGCUCAAACCGUGCAUCUCAGUCCACCUGUCUGGAUCCUGAAAUUUGUGAGGAAGUUGAAAUGAAAGGGAAGACAAAAAGAACAAAUUUCACAGGUACAGGAAGAAAAAAGAGGACCACUGAAGCUAACUUUUUAGGGGUUCGGAUUCGCAGGGUGUCCAUUCUGAGGCAGAUAAACCGUGGUGUAAAAAUUGUGGAAUGUGACAGUCCUGACUGAUUUGAAUAUAAGUAAGUGCUGGCCUUUGGGUUUACCGAUGGUACAAGAUAAGGAGGAAAUGUAGCAAAGCAACAACCAAAUAGAAGAUGAUACUGACGGUCCUUGAAUUUCAUGGUUCUGAAACAUUGUACAGAAGUUCUAAUUUGGAAGCAGGCAGCUUUUUUAGAGACCCAACUUGAAGUUUUGCUGAUUAUUUCUGAAUGGGAUGCUUCGCUUUCAUGUAAUCAAAAUUUUCGAGGUAUAAUCAAGAAGAACAGCAACUAUGUUAAUCAGAUAGUAACCCUGGUAUGCUUUCAUAGCUCCCAUGCUUGUUCACACCUCAUUGCUUGCUUCCCCUCCCCCCCCCUGCUUGCUUUUUUAGAGACCCAACUUGAAGUUUUGCUGAUUAUUUCUGAAUGGGAUGCUUCGCUUUCAUGUAAUCAAAAUUUUAGAGGUAUAAUCAAGAAGAACAGCAACUAUGUUAAUCAGA